GGGCGUGCCAUUUUAGAGCUCGAUUACGCAACGUGGCUUCACAAAAUCAAAAAUGUCCAUUUAUUAUACCUAAACUUCGCUUUGUUGUACAGCAAUCCUGCUUUUGUUCGUCUCUGCUCAUGUUAUGCAAUGAAAGUCCUUUUAAUCCUAUUUUAACAGCAACGAAACGGGCAUUGAGCGCGAGCUGUCCUCGUUCGUGAUGAACAAGUAAACAAGCGGUGUUUAUGAAAAAUACACGGUCGAAGAGUCGAAAGAGAGCAAGAGUGAAGCGCAGAAAGGGUAAAAACACUAUGGAUUGUGACAUGGCCUUAGAUUACAUUGUGUUACACUAAUUCAGUGUUGUCAUCUCGUACUGCUUGUUACGAGUGCUGCACUCGUGAGAUCUGCAUGUUCUUCACGAAUGCCCUUCAUGUACUGUAUGUUUACUCCUCUCACUAUAAAAAGAAGGAAUCAUCGUGUUUGCUGUUCUGAAGGAUGUUUGCAGUAAUGUCCGUCGAGAGAGCUGGGCGAUUAAGGGGUUUGAAGUUCCUUCAGUUGGAAGGUUCUUGGAUUCAAAGGAAAAUUCCACCAUUGGUGGCUUUCAGCACCAAAGCAAACAACAUCAACAAGCCUGUCCGGUAUACAAGCAUAAAAAAGGCGAAACCCAAAACUAUACUUGAUAUUGCCAAACUGCUGCAGCUAAAAACUGCUUUGAAAGCCGCUGCAAGUACUACCAAACCUUCCACACCAAACCAAUAUGAUGCUAUGGUUGAUGUUGCAGCCACCUUUAUUCCUACUGCAAAAGUUAAAACUGUGACCAGAAUCCCUCCAGCAAAAGAUGCUGUACAAGGUUUAUCAAUAGCUGCCAGUCUUGUGGACGAAGGACCUUCUCAGGACAUUGCAGAUCUAGGGGGGGUAGCCAGGCCUUCAAUUAAAGAUUCUUCUCGAACUGAGGCCUCCACAGCCCCUGAGGAUACCCAUGUUCCUCAAGUAACAGUAGAGAAUAGAACUGUCUUUGAAACUACUCCUGCCUCUACUGCAGCACCUGAAAUGACCCCAGUUGCUUCUGCUCUAGAUGUCACAUAUUCAAAGGAUGUAACACAAAAUCCAAAAAAGAUGUCCGAUAAGAUUUUAGAUGUAAAAGAUGCAGGACCUAAAGUUGUUGCUGCUCAUUCAGGAGUAGAAGCACCACCUGUUAGUGCCUUAGCUUCACAAGAGGCUUGGAGUCAAGGUGAUACGACUUCAGAGGUCAGUCCGGUUUCUGAACUCUCUUCAACAGACGCCACAGAAGACAUUUCUUCUUAUGGGGAAGUCGCUUUUGAAUCUAAAGAUGCAUUUGUUUCUAAAUUUAAACAGGAUGUAGUUGCUAGUGAUAAAACCAUUUACACUCCUGAUAGUAUGGCAUCCUCCAAAGGUAUGGCAACUCCUGAAGUUUUUGCUGGUCCAGAAACUGAACUAAAGACAGAGUCAUUUAAUGUUUCAGAAGUGGCUGAAGCAACCAAUGAAUCAAGUGAUUUAAAUGUUGCAUCUGCACAGGAUCCUUCAAAGCUUCAAGCCAGACAAUCUCUAGAGUCUCUAGCUGUCUCUUGGUCUCCCGAGUAUGCUAUGUUAUAUUCAACUGUCCAUGCAGAUAAACCAUAUUCUGACACAGAGACUGGGUCUUUUCCUGAUGUCGCAGUUGACUCUGAUUCCAUAAUAGAUAUUUCCACCGGUGAAGCUGUAGCAGUUAGCUCUGGUAAAGUUGCAACCCUUCCAAAAGUUUGUCUUGAAGAAGCCUUUGCAGUCACUGACCCCAACCCAGAAGACAUUUUACCUGAGCCAACUGAGGAACGUCCCAUUUUUAAGACCAUAAUAGUUUCUGUAAAUGAGGCUGACAAGGUAGUUGGUGUGACAGAAAGGAUUGGUGAUGCUCCAGCCCUUGAUAAUUUGACUGAUCCGAUACUAAUGCAAACAGAAGAUUUAGAGAAAGAGCUGCAGACAAAUUCAGUUGAUGCAUCUGAGUCUUUCCCAGAUGGCACAGGUGACUCUUAUUCCAUACUAGACAUUACCACAUCUGAAGUUGCAGUAGUGAUCUCUCAUGAAGAUCCAACCCUUCCAGAAGUUUGUAUUGAAGAAGCCAUUGCAGUUGCUGACCCCAUCCCAGAAAUUUCUUCAUCUGAGCCAACUGAGGAACCUCCAAUUGUUGAGACUAUAAUGGUUUCUGUAAGUGAAGAUGACAAGGUAGUUGGUGUAACAGAAAUGACUGGUGAUGCUCUGGCCUCCAGUAAUUUGACUGAUCCAGUUCAAAUGCAAACCAAACUAUUAGAGAAAGAGGUGCCAACAGAUCCAGUUGAUGCGCCUGUGUCUUUCCCAGAUGGCACAGCUGACUCUGCUACCAUACUAUACAUUACCACUUGUGAAGCUACAAGAGUGAUCUCUGAUGAAGUUCCAAACCGUCCAGAAGUUUGUCCUGAAGAAGCCAUUGUGGUCGCUGACCCCAUUCCAGAUGACUUUUCACCUGAGCCCAUUGAGGAACCUCCCAUAUUUGAGACCAUAUCAGCUUCUGUAAGCAAAGCUGAAAAGAUUGUUGAUUUGACAGAAACAUUUGGUGAUCCUCCAGUCUCCAGUAAUUUGACUGAUCUGGUUCAAUUUCAAACUGAAGUUUUAGAGAAAAAGAUACUCACAGAUCUGGUCAAUGCAACUGUGUCUUUCCCAAAUGGCACAGCUGACUCUGAUUUCAUACUAAACAUUGUCCCUCCUGAAGCUACAGUAGUGAUCUCUAAAGUUCCCACCUUUCCAGAAGUUUCUCCAGAAGAAGUCGUUGCAACCUGUUAUGCAACACGUGUAAAAGCAGCAGUCUCUGAUCUCAUGCCAGAAGCAUAUUCAUCUGGACCAACUGAGGAACCUUCUGUUGUUGAGACCUUAUCAGCCUCUUUAGGUGAAGCUGACAAGGCAGUUGGCAUGGCAGAAAUAACUGUCGAUGCUCCAAGCUCUAACAGUUUGAAGGACCCGGUUCUAGUGCAAACUGAGGUUUUAGAGGAAGGGGUGCAGGCAGAUGUAGAAUCGCCUGAAGUACAAUUGGAUCCAAUACAGAGACUCUUUCUCGACAAGAUUCGUGAAUUCUCCAUAAAGAGCCAAGCGUCUGGUGGUCUUUUAGAUGCUGGACCAGAGUAUGAGAAAGCUUUCAGUGAAGAACUUGCCAAACUCCAGAGAUUCUAUGGGGGUGGAGACUUAACAGCAUUCCCAGAAUUUAAGUUCUGUGAGCCUCAGCUGGAUGAAGGCAGCUCGAAAUGAAAAGCACCCACAAAGUUUCUAAUUCACAUUAUGAAGAUUAUAUUUCAAGAGGCAAUAAUAUAAUCUUUAUAUACAUUUAACUUAUUUUGCAGUGACAGAACUGUACACAGUAACAAAGCAAGCAAGAGAAAGCAAAACAAUAAAGUUGUUUGCACCAUU